AUGAAUAAAUUUUUAGCUUUGUUAUUUGUUUUAGCUUUGUUUGCUAAUAUUGCUUUUUCAUGUGAAGGUCACCCAGAACAUGAUCAUGGUGAUGGUGAUCAUGAACAUGAUCAUGAUGAAUCAUUUGUUAAAAUCUUAGAUUCUGAUAAUUUCCAUAAUUCAGUUUCUGAACAUGACGUAACUCUUGUUAUGUUUUAUGCCCCAUGGUGCGGUCAUUGUAAAACUUUAAAACCAUUAUAUGAAGAAGCUGCUAAACAAUUAUCAGCCAACAAAAAGAUUGCAAUUGCAAAAGUUGAUUGUACUCAACAUGAACAACUCUGUAAACAAAAUAAAGUUCAAGGUUAUCCAACUUUAGUUGUUUUCAAGAAUGGUAAAGCUGAACCAUAUGAAGGUGAUAGAACCACUAAAUCAAUUGUUCAAACUUUAGAAGAAGAAUUAAAACCAACUAUUUCAACUUUAGAAUCAAAUGAAGAUAUUGAAGAAUUUAAAAAACAACACCCAAUUAGUGUUGUUGGUUUCUUUGAUAAUGAUCAUGAUGAUAGAUUUAAAUUAUUUAGUGAAUUAGCAGGAAAUAAUAAGAAAUCAGCUAAAUUUGCCGUUGUAAUUGAUAAAGAUUUCUCAAAGGAACAUGUUGAAUCCACACCAAACGUUGUUUUAUUUAGAAGUUUUGAUGAACCAACCGUUGCCCACAAAGGUGAAUUUGAUAGUGAAUCAUUAAUUAAAUUCAUUAAAGGUAACUCUGUACCAUUAUUAGGUGAAAUCAAUCGUAACACCUACAAAAAGUAUGAAUCAAUCGCCGUUCCAUUAGCUUAUUUAUUCAUUGACUCCACUCAAGAUAACACUCAAGUUCUCGAAGAUGUAAAGAAAAUCGCUACCUCACAAAAAGGUAAUGCCGUUUUCUGUUGGGUCGAUAUGAAGAAAUUCCCACAACAAGCAACUCAUAUGGGUCUCUCUGGUAAAGUUGUUCCAGCCAUCUCUGUUGAUUCAGUUGCCAAUAAAGCUCGUUACAAUUUCGAUGAAAAAGAAACCUUCUCAUUCGAUACCGUCUCCAAAUGGAUCCAAGAUGUCAUUGGUGGUAAAGUUUCUCCAUUUGUUAAAUCUCAACCAGAACCAGAAUCAAAUGAUGCUCCAGUUAAGGUUGCCGUUGGUACCACUUUCAAAAAGUUGGUUUUAGACUCACCAAAGGAUGUUUUGGUUGAAUUCUACGCUCCAUGGUGCGGUCAUUGCAAGAAUCUUGCUCCAAUCUACGAUAAAUUAGGUGAAUACUUAAAAGACGUUGAAUCUGUCUCAAUCGUAAAGAUUGAUGCCGACUCAAAUGAUGUACCAAGUGAUAUCGAAAUUAGAGGUUACCCAACCAUCAUGCUCUUCAAAGCUGAUGACAAAGAAAAUCCAAUCUCUUAUGAAGGUCAAAGAAAUGAUCAUAUGAACUUUGUUGAAUUCAUUCAAGAUAACGCUGCCAUUGAAUUCAAAUUACCAUCAUCUCAAACUGAUGAUAAUGUUGAAUCUAAAAAAGAUUCUUCUGCUAAACAUGAUGAAUUAUAA